UAAAAACCCGCAACACUUUUGCGGCCAGUGCCUCGCGAUGCCAGGCAAAGCCAAGAAGAAAAAACCAAAGAACAAUAAACCGAAAAACGGCGAGAAAAAAGGGAAGAAAAAGGGGGCGAAGGUGAAGAAAAGCGGCCGAAAAGGGCGCUCGAAAAGCGGAUGCAACGUUGAUAUUUUUACGGAGGUUGCAAUGGAAAACGCGUACGUAACUUGUCACAAUGUGCAGGAUCUGUUGAAGUGGAGAGGAUUUCCCUGGCCGGAUCUUCAGAAGAAGAAGAAGAAGGGAAAGAAGUAGAUUUAUGUUUGAGGUUUAAG